AUGAGCGAAUUGGAUGGUAAAUCCAAAGUGCGGGUAUUGUUGGCCCAAGCCCUAUUUGGAAAUCCCGAUUUAUUGAUUAUGGAUGAGCCCACCAAUGACUUGGACGUGGAAACCAUUGCUUGGUUGGAAGACUUUUUGGCUCAAUAUGAAAACACGGUUAUUGUGGUAUCGCAUGACCGCCACUUUCUAGACACCGUAUGCACCCAUAUUUGCGACUUAGAUUACAGCAAACUUAACUUAUUUACAGGCAAUUACACGUUUUGGUACCAAGCCAGUCAAUUGGCCACCCGUCAAAAAACCCAACAAAACAAAAAAGCCGAAGAAAAGAAAAAAGAACUUCAAGAGUUUAUUGCACGAUUUAGUUCGAAUGUGGCCAAAGCCAAACAGGCCACUGCCCGUAAAAAAAUGCUGGACAAAUUGGACGUAUCCGAAAUAAAACCCUCAUCAAGACGAUAUCCUGCCAUUAUUUUUGAUCAAGAGCGGGAGGCGGGAGACCAAAUUCUGGAC